AUCUGCCUCGUGUCGCGAUGAUCUUUUCCUUUCGAUGCCGCUGUGAUGUUGGUACCCAUUGUACUCAUCGUGCCCGGUGCGCUGCAUUCCGCCUAUCCCGUCUUGGGAAACAUUUCUCUCUUUUGGUCUAUGCAACGCCCUCGGUCGCACGAAGUCCCUUGGAUACAACUCUGAUUCAUUAGCGAUUCUGUCAUGGCCAAGAACAAGAAAGGAAAGCAGAAGCAGCCAGAGGCGCCUAAGCCUGAAAAGCAGCAGGAGCCCAUGCCGGCACCUGACUCCAGAACCUAUUUUGGAUGCCAAGAACGAUGACGACGGCGGGCUGAUGGGCUUUGGUGGUGGUGGUCUCCUGGACGAUGCUCCGGACCAAUGGGGUGCUGGCGAUUCUGCCAAAACUGGCGGCGGUGCUGGUACUGAUCCUUGGACUGAAAACAUCGACACUCCGAUGCCUGGAGGUCAUUGGGGACCUCAGCCAACGCAUAGAUCUCCAGGAGCUGCACAUCAUAACCCUAGCAAGCGAAAUUCGCUCGUGGCAUCUACUGGAUCGGCCUGGAAGCAAGUCCCGCUCGCAGGAAAGGGUCCGGCGCGCCCAAACGACUUUGCCGGUGCUUGGCCCGGCGCUACCGACCAAACUUACGACGACAGUGGUUGGGGUGGUGGUGGCGGUGGCGGUGGAGACUGGGGUGAAGAGGAGGAAUAUUCAGAGUACGAUAGCGAGGACGAUUACGAGGAAGAAUCGAUGGCCCAUCAUCAUCAUCAGCCACCACCACCUCCACCAAAACAGGCGGCACCCCCGGCAGCUGGCUGGAGAGGCUGGAGCGAGGAAGCGAAACGGCUUUCUAAGCCGAACAAUAAUGUUCGUUUCACUACCCAAAGUCCUGCUGCCGCUUUCAAGGCGUUUCCGGGGCUAGCGAAUGCUCAAGCCCAUAUGAUGCAAAUGAAGCAGGGGAAUCCCUACCCUGGGCAGGGAAAUCCUUAUCCUGGGGCCGCUCAGCAGAAGAAGCCCCCUCCACCUCCACCUCCACACCAGGAGGCAAAGAAGGACAAGAAGAAAGACAAGAGGGAGAAGCACAAUGAUAAGCAUCAGCCGCAGGAUGGCAAGCAUCGGCGGCAUAAAUCUGAAGCAGAUAACUGGGGCGGUGGCGGCGGCGGAGGAGGAGGAGGAGGAGGAGGA